AGACAAACGGCGCGUCCCUGCAAAGUAGUUCGGUAUCACAGGUUUGUAUAAGAAGUGACCAGUCCCAUGGUUCGCUCGGGUUGAUCCUGAUUCAUCUGCGUCUGGAUUGAUUCCCCCACGAAUAACAAUUGGAACAUCAACACUCAGUCGUAGGCGACGGCAACACAUAAUUGCAACCUUCAGUCUCUAAUUGGCCUCAUCAUUCUCGAAUACCAUGGACCAAGCAGCACAUGAAGCGGCCGCGCGAGCCAUGGAACAGGCCCGGCAAAAUGCCAUGGAGCACAUCAAGUUUUUCGAGAAGAAAAAAAUCACGGUGCACAAACCUGGCGAGACGGAGUAUGAACGUGCCGUCGCGACCUCAAACCUCUUGUACCGCUUCACAAGACCUGAUUGCGUUGUUCAGCCCGAGCAAGAUUAUCAUGUUGCAGUGAUCGUCAAGCGAGCGAAAGCGCACAAAAUCCCAAUCAGGAUUAAGAAUGGCGGGCAUUCUUAUGCAGGAUUUUCCAUGACCAACGAGGGUAUCUUGCUGGACCUCGUCAAAAUGAACGACGUCGAACUCGACAUGAAAUCGAAAACGGUUACGUUGCAGGGCGGUGCGCUGUGGGGCCAUGCGUACAAAACAUUGGUCAAUGACCAUCAUGAUGGGUACAUCAUCAACGGUGGACGAUGUCCUACCGUGGGAGUCAGCGGUUUCACCUUGGGUGGUGGUCUCGGACCGUUCACACGAAGCUUCGGGAUGGGAAGCGACACUCUGCAAGAGGCCACUAUUGUUACCGCAGAUGGUGAGCUGGUUACUGUCAAAGAAAGUGGUAACAAAACUCGAAAAGAAGACAGACUCUUCUGGGCACUUUGCGGUGCAGGAGGUGGCAACUUCGGCGUUCUGGUCGAGAUGAAGAUGAAGGUUCAGCAGCUGCGAGGCGAGAAGGUGGUGGCUGGGAGAUUUACGUGGUCACCGACACCACCCACAACAGAUCCAAAAGAUCCCACAAAGCCAGCAGAUGUCACAGAACCAGCAGCUCCCACAAAUCCAGAAGAUCCCGCAAGUUCAGCUGCUCUCCCGACGCCACCGUACAUGGUUACCUUUAUGGAGACAAUGAAUACUUUCUACACGGCAGACUGGCCAAAGGAAAUGACCAUCGACAGCUCCUGGUUGUGCGACCUUUCGCAAACCAGAACCGAGCCUGCUGUUCGGUUCCUUGUCUACUACGAUGGCAAGGAGGACGAAUUCGACAGCCUGAUGGACAAACAUCUCGGGACGGGAGAGCUGUCAACUCAACUCAAACGACGGACAAUUGAAGAGAAGUCCACUCGUUUUCUCCACGAGACGCUCGUCACUCAGUGGUCGGAGGAAAUCAUCAAGGCCUUUCCCUCGAAUGCGGCGUACAGAAUUUACACCUCGUUCGUUUUCAAGAACAAGAAGGAAAAAAUUGAACAGAUUACAAAGAUCAUCAGAGACGAGUUGAAUGACUUCAGAAAGCGCUUCACUGGAGAACAGGGUCUGUUGCAGGUUACAUGGAUUCAUUCUGGCGGGAAGGCAAACGAGUGGCCCCGCGAUGCCUCCGCUUUCCGCUGGCGUGGCUGUGCUUACAAUGCAUACAUCAUGAUCGAGUGGCAGGAGAAAUGGCUGGAGAGGGAUAUGAGAGACUUUUUGGAAAACUUCAACAAGAAACUGAGGAUUUUCUCCAUGGGCGGACGGGCCGCAUUCAUCAAUUUCCCCGACGAGGCGCUCUUACCAGAGGCGCACGAGCAGGCGUACUACGGUAACAACCACAAGGAGUUGCAGCAGAUCAAGGAAGUAUGGGACAAGGACGAACUUUUUAAGUGGACACAGGGAGUGAAGCUUCCGCCGCAGGAGCUGAUGGUUGAGACGUCUGCGAUGAUGGCGGCCGACAACUCUGUGCCUGGGCCUGCCUCUUUAAUGAGUCUUCCCAUUAUGAAGCCCCCUGGCGAUGUGGAUGAGACCACGACUGUGGCCGCUGAGGAGGAGUUCGCCACGGGGAGGCAACUGACGGACAAGAUAGCAGCGGAUGAGUGGGACUUGUUUCGACGGCCUACGACGAACCAGUUCGUGGGAGGAAUUCAAGGAUUGUCGGACUUGGGUUUCUAAAAUCGCGAAGGUCAACGAUAUUGGUUUUCUUUUGUUGUGACGAAUGGACUUGUGUUUGGAAGGAAGAUCUGGGCAUCACUUUAAGUAGCAGAUGUUAAACGUCGACAAUCGCAGUGUAUUCUCUAACAUGGUCGCAAUUGUAUGCUCAAAGAUUCUCCUACCUGUCUGUCCAGAGGAUCAAAUUAGGCCUGCGAGCCUUACUGUACCAUUGCACC